AUGACUCCAUUUGAGGCAUUAUAUGGAAGGAAGCGUCGCAAUCCAAUUUGUUGGAGCGACAUAAGCGAAACAAUGAUUAUAGGGCCUCAAAUGAUCGAGGAUACAAUUAAGCAGGUAAGGGAGAUUCAAGCUAAGAUUCAAGCGGCGCAAGAUUGCCAAAAGAGCUAUGCAAACUUGAAGCGUAGAGAGGAGGAAUUUGGGGUCGGUGACAAAGUAUUGUUAAAGGUGUCACCAAUGAAAGGUGUAAUGAGAUUUGGAAAGAAAGGAAAGCUUAGCCCAAAGAUAUUGGUCCAUAUGAAAAUGAAGAGAAAACGCACUCAAAAUGAAAUGCAAAACAUUACUAGCUUCUUUGCUAAAAAGAAUCCUACUUCAACUUCUCUUCCACAUCCAACACAAAAUGAACAAACUAUAUCUCCACCUCAACAAAGUGAACAAACUACAUCUCCACCUCAAGAAAGUGAACAACAUUCAUCUCCAUCCAAUUAUUCAACUCAAAAUUCCCCUCAAAAUGAACAAGGCCAAUGUUCUCCUAAUGCCCCAAUCUUUGGUGAAAGAUUAAGUGAACAUGAAUUUGCUAAUCUUCCACAAGAUCCAGGAAAGAGGAGAAAGAUGAGUCAAUUUCAUAAAGAUGAUAGAGAUUUAGAUGAAAAUGCAUUUGGAGGUAAUGCUUUUGUUAGUGAUGGUUUCAAAUCAUGGAAUCGAUCGGAUUUAAUAAGAAAACAUGUGGGUAAGCACAUGAGUGCACAUAAUAAUGCAGUGUUAGCUAUGGAUUUGGUCAAGAAGAAAAAGUCAAGCAUCACACAAGCCUUGACAAAACAAACCGCUGAGAGUAAAAAUGCAUAUAGGAAGCGACUUGAAGCUUCAAUUGAAUCAAUCCAAUGGCUUUUACUCCAAGGGUUGCCUUUCCGUGGUCAUGAUGAAAAAGAAAGUUCCUUAAGAAGAGGUAACUUUCUUUCACUUUUAUCCCUUAUUUCCAAAGGUAACCCUGAAUAUUCUAAAGUUGUUUUAAAAAAUGCUCCUAGUAAUUGUCAACUUACUUCUCCAAAAGUCCAAAAAGAUAUCAUAAAUGCAUGUGCAAAAGAGAAAACUAAAGCAAUGCUUGAAGAUAUUGAUGGUGGUUUGUUUUCUAUCCUUGCUGAUGAGUCCGCUGAUGUUUCUGACAAGGAACAAUUGGCUCUUUGUUUGAGAUAUGUUAAUAGAAAGGGAGAAGUGUGUGAGCGUUUACUUGGUAUUGUGCAUGUUGUAAACACUGCUUCUUUGACUCUCAAAACUGCUAUUGAAUCCUUAUUAAUGGAGCAUUCUUUGUCUUUCUCUCAAGUACGGGGUCAGGGUUAUGAUGGGGCAAGUAAUAUGCAAGGUUCUAUUAAUGGCCUUAGGACUCUUAUAGAGAAUGAGUGUAAAGAAGCUUAUUUUGUCCACUGCUUUGCUCACCAACUUCAAUUGACUCAAGUUGCACUUGCUAAAAAGAAUUCAGAUUGUGCUUGGUUAUUUGUUGAUGUACUUGCACCUCUGUUGAACUUUGUGGGGGGUUCACCAAAAAGGAAAGAGUUUCUUCGUGAAAAUCAAGCUCAAAGAGUGGUGGAUGCUUUGUCUCUAGGUGAACUUGAAACGGGUUCAGGUUUAAAUCAAGAACGUGGAUUAGGUAGACCUUGUGAUACUCGUUGGGGAUCUCACUUCAAGACAAUCUUGAAUGUACUUGAUUUAUUCCCUGUAAUCCUUGGUUCUCUUGAGGAUAUUGCAAAAGUAUCUGAUACAAUAGAUUCUAAUAGAGCUCAAACACUUACAAAUCUUCUGAUGUCCUUUGAUUUUGUGUUUGUGGCACACUUGAUGGUUAGUAUAUUUGCGAUAACAAAUGCUUUGAAUGUGGCCUUACAAAAGCACGAUCAAGACAUUGUGAAUGCAAUGGCCAUGGUUAAUGUAACCAAGACUAAUUUGCAAAAAAUGAGAGAUGAAGGAUGGGAUUCUCAUAUGGAACAGGUCAUUUCUUUUAUUGGUGACUAUGACAUUGCAGUUCCAGAUAUGGAGGCUAAAUAUGUUGUUCCCGGGAGGAGGUUGUUUCGAGGUAAAUGCCCACAAGUGUCUAAUUUACAUCAUUUUCGAGUUGAAGUUUUUUUUGGUGUCAUUGAUCUUCAAUUGCAAGAACUUGAAAAUCGAUUUCCCGAAAUAACUAAAGAACUACUUGUGUGUAUGUCUUGUUUGAGUCUUGUGGAUCGUUUUUCUAAGUUUGACAAGGAAAAAUUGAUUAAGCUUGCGAAAUUCUAUCCUAAUGAAUUUCCAAGUUCAGAAUUGAUAGUCUUUGGUCAUACACUUGAGAGUUACAUUUGUUCUGUUAGAGGAGAUGAAAGGUUUUGGAAUUUGAAGGGUCUUAGUGAGCUUUCAAUCAAAUUGGUUGAAACGGGAUUGUCUGAAACUCAUGAUAGGGUCUAUUUACUUUUGAAGUUGGUGUUGCUUCUUCCUGUCGCAACGGCAAGUGUGGAAAGGAAUGAUUUGUUUUUGAAUGUUAGCAUGGAAGAUAUCAUGAAUCGAUAUCAAAACAUGAAAACUCGUCGAGAACUAUUGUAA